AUGAUUAGUAAAAUCGAAACACUACCUAAUGAAAUUCUUCUUCAUAUUUUCUCUUGUCUAACAUGGGACAAUAUGUUAACAUCUUUAUGGUCAUUAAAUGCUCGCUUCAAUUCUCUCAUAUGUUUAACUCUUUCGAUAAAUGACAAUCGGUUGAACAACGGCCUUGUUAUAGCGCAUGGUUUAUCUUAUAAUAAAUGUUGUUCAAAAUUAUUUCCAUUGAUUUUGAAUUCAUCAUCUCUUUCUUCUUCUAUUCAACGUAUUCAUUUUGAUGGAACAAAUUCAAUAUCUUCUGAUCUUUGUUAUCAAUUGUUAUUUAAUAAUAAAAAUAUUCUUUAUUUUUCUCAUCUUAAAUCACUUAUUCUUACUCAAUGUGGAUCAAUUGAACCAGUUAUUCAGAGUUUAGUUUAUCUUAUUAAAUAUCAAUUAGAUGAACUUACAUUGACAUUUGAUUAG